AUGGAUUCAAACAUCGAAGAAGAGGAAGGUAAAGACGAUGGUGUUUAUGUUUUCAAGGCUCCACCGGUUGUUCCAGUUGAUCCAAACGCUAAUAGUGACGACACAAACGCUAUUAUUGGAGCUGUGGUGGCUUGCGUCAUCAUAUCCGUUGUGUUAUUCUUCUUAUGGAAGAUGAUGGAGCGUAAGCAGCGAGAGAUGACGAGUCUUCAACGAACACUGGAAGAAACUCUUGAUGUUGAAACGCCAGAUAUUCAACCAAAAUCUGUCAAAGCAAAAGUUGCGACUACCUCUGAUCCCAAAGAUCUUCCUGUGCUCCCAAACAUGUCGGAUACUGUAGAAGAAGAAGAUGAUCUUCAUUUCUCUCUAAUGUCCCCGAUCCUGAGUUCAACAUCCAUUCAAAACAAAGAGGAAGCAGGAAGUGGAGAUACAGGAUACCACAGUGGCUUCUGCAGAAUAGAGGGAAACUCUCUGCGUCAUAGAAACGUCACAAAGGAAGGAUUCGAUGAACUUGAACUUGAUAUUGAGCAUCCUUCAGAUAUCAUAUCUGCACUCAAGAAAAGUCGGUUAAAGUUGAAACAAGCGACAAAAGAUCGAAGAAAAAGAGCAAGGAAUGCUCUUCUGACCUUAGGCGAGUGUCAUCAACUUAUGGGAUCGAUACAAAACCAAGUCCACACUGAAGCCACAAAAGAGAUAGAAGCGGGAAGAAGUUUAAAGAAAGCGAGAGCAGAAAGAAAAAGGCACAGUAUCAAGCAUCGCUACAGAAGGCAUUGGAAUAAAACAAGUCGAGAGAUCAGAGAGAAGAAAGAUGCUUUUCUAUUCAUGCAGGAUUGGUUUGAUGGGCUUGACAUCCACACAAAGCUCCGAGAGAUCGCGGAAGAUCUCUUCCUUCUCAGAUCCCAGCAUUCCUCCGACCUUGAACGUGAUGAAGAUGAGAAAGAAAUGGUCAAGGACUCUGUAGCUAUGUUACAGUCUUGUGAACACGAUGUUAGAAGAGCAAAGUCGCUUGUCGUUAAGAUGCAAGAAGAAAUAAAAUUUCGUUUAAAAUCCAACAACACAGGCAAUAUUGGCGGUGACGACGAAAGAAACUUGCACGGUGAUGGAAAUAUUACAGGAGAAGAAAGAGGAAAGCAAUCAAGAUUACGAAUCAAGCUACCAAAGCGAACGAAUAAGAAUUCUGUUGCCCCUGAACAAGGGGUAGGAGACAGGUUGGAUGCAAAUGAUAUUGGCAUGGAGAAAUGUCCGAAAUGUUCGUAUUAUACUUGUAAAUGUUCAACUAAAUCUAUCGCUUCGAACGAUAGUCCUCGGUUUCGUGGAAUUCCGUCCAAAGAACCGACGGGGGCGAAGAUAUCAGAUGUGUCUAAUAGAUGCCAUCAUCUCACUUUAAAACUUCUUCCGGUUGAAGGGGAAGUGACGUCAUCGGACGAAAGUUUAACCGAGCGUGAAGUAAAGAAAGCGUUAUCGCGUGUGGACGCGAUUUCUUCUGUUGUGAGCGCGGUAAAACGAAACGGACAAUGGAAUAUUGUGGUUGUGUCCACCCAGUCACGUGUAUCCAAUAUUCGUUUUAAUUGGAGGAGAAGAACUUACGUCAUCGGGAUGCUAAAAGAAGCGGAAGUUGCGACGUGA